AUGACAGACUACUUGCGAUUCAAGACAGACCCAGCAGUACGGGAAGAAUACAUCAACGCAUUUGGUACAAUCCGUAUCAGCAAGAUAUUAGAGGAUUUAGAUGCUCUGGCUGGCUCAAUCGCUUAUUUGCAUGCUGAUGAUGGUAACAAGGAUACGGUGCCUCCCACAAUAGUGACAGCAUCGGUGGAUCGUAUUGACAUGUUACAACGAAUACCGCCUGAUCAAGAUAUCCGAAUGAGUGGAUUUGUGACAUUUGUUGGAAGCAGCUCACUUGAGGUAUCAAUAACAGUCGAUUCGUUACCAACCGGAGCACCACCACCAGGCUCUGAGAAUGUGCUGCCGGAAAACAUUGAGAGCAACCCCAUACUCGCAGCCAAGUUUAUCAUGGUGGCUCGAGAUCCUGUGACUGGCAAAGCUGCUCAGAUAAAUGGAUUGAAACUGGAAACUGAUGAAGAACGAAGACUCUUUCAGUCUGGUGCUGAAGCAAAAGCUCGCAAACAAGUAGCCGCUUCAACUGCACUUACAAAGUUGCCACCGUCAGUGGAAGAGAUGGUGCUAGUGCAUGACCUGCACUUGCAAUCUAAGAAGUUCUCGGAUCAGAAACCAGAAAACGUCAUAUUCAUGGACGAAACUGAAAUUUCAAAAGUCGUCAUAUGUCACCCAUCCGAAAGGAAUAUUCAUGGAAAUGUGUUUGGAGGAUUCUUAAUGCAGUCUGCAUACGAAUUAGCAUUCGCGAAUGCGUUAAUUUUUGCGCGAUCAGCACCAUUUUUCAUCUGCUUGGAUGAUAUAUCAUUCCUCCGACCAGUACACAUUGGAGCGCUGUUGUCGAUGUCGAGUCUUGUUGUUUAUUCACCGGGAGCUCCUAGUAGAAGCUUCCAAAUCAAGGUCAAGAUCGAUAUCAUUGACCCACUUCAAGGAACGCGAGACACGUCAAACGAGUUUCAUCUAACUUUUGGAGUGGCAAAGGACUCUGCAAGUCCUCUGAAAGCUGUCAUUCCUCAGAGCUAUGAUGAAGCCAUGGUGUUUCUUGAAGGACGACGUCGUCGUAAGAGAUGGCUCGUGGCAGCUGCACACAAUACAGCAACGCUCAAAGGACAAGGUCGUAAGAACAUUGUCGGUGAGGAGAUGUUGGGCGUUGAAGACGAUAUUGCUAAGCGUGUCUGA